AACCAAGAAAAAAAAAGAGUAUCCAUCUGAAAAAAAAAAGACAAUGUUCGGAGAAAAUCAUAGCAAUGCAAUUGCAUUGUGCGGAACGAUACAACAACCGUAGUGUUGUCGCGCGGUUUGUGUCGUCCCGUCGAGAUAGCCUCCCAUUGACGUGCUGGUGUUGGCUCCGCCGCUGAAUCUCCGUUGCCACCGCGACUUCCCUCUUCUAUCGCGGUUGCUGGACUUCGCUCUUCAACAGUGACGCUGCUAAUAACCAACCACCAUGCGAUGAAAUAUUUGACAACAUAUAGUGAGCCCACUCAUUUGUUAUAGCUAUAGUGAUCAACAACAAUGGCGGGGAAACUGGCAAAGGCAGCUUAUGAUGCAAAGAUGUUGAAGCUUCUGAGAGAGUACAGUCAGGUACUGGUGGUUUCAUCUGACAAUGUGGGUUCAAACCAGCUUCAGGGGAUACGGAGGGGACUCCAUGCUGAUUCAGUUGUGGUGAUGGGAAAGAACUCCCUGAUGAAACGCUCUAUCAUCUUGGAUGCUCAAAAGACUGGCAACAAGGCCUUCCUUAACCUUGUCCCCCUUCUUGUGGGAAAUGUGGCAUUAAUUUUCACCAAAGGUGACAUAAGGGAGGUCAGCGAACAGAUUUCCAAGCACAAGGUUGUUCAACCGAUUCUAAUGUGCCCGAAGUAUAUGUCACAUGACACAUACCACAAUUGUUCCUAUAUGCAAUCUGGACAGUUACCUUUGGGCCUCACAUGUUGUAAUCAGCAACAGUCAUCGCAGGUUUCUGAGCCUUUUCUUGUAUGCUCAAAAUUCCAGCCACACCAACAUUGUUUCAUGAUGAGAUCAAGACAGUUCUUGAUGACAAGUAUAUGGUCUCCUCUUCUCCUUUUGGCUGGAAACUUGUGACUUCGACGAAGUAUUCUGAUUUGAUUCACAUGGUUUGUAUUACUCCUUUCUUUGUGCGUUGUUGGCUUUCAAACUCUAUUUAGUUGUAUUCUCCCAUUUCAGGGGAUGAUGGAAAAUGAAAUGAUUUUGACCAGGGUUUCAAUUUGAUUACUGAGAUUUCUGGUUCGUGGAGUUUUAGUUUAUCUUCUUUUUGAAUAAGAAUAUGACAACAUAUUUGUUA